GUCUUUAAAAUAUGCCCAAAUAGUUGUUUCAAAAAAAAAAAAAAAUAUGCCCAAAUAAUUACAAUCAUCCAAUCUUUCAUGGGUCCCCUUACCACCAAAUACCAACCUGGCAUUGUUUGUCACCACACUAACCAUAAUAUUGAUAAUUGUAUGAAUUUGAUUUCAUGCACUAAUCCAUUUCGCGCAUUUGUACAGUCAAAUUUUAAUAACCGUCUGAUCUAAAUCAAAUGGUUUUAAAAAUGUGAAUUUAAACUAUAUUGUAUAAUUUAAAGAGAAUUAUGUUUGAAUUUAAGUCAUUCGAUCUUGAUCAAACAGUGGCAAGUGACUACUACAUCAAGUUGAUGACUACACCAAAACCAAGUUUAUAUACCACACACCAAUUUAAUAUCAUCACUACACAUAUAAAUAUGAAAUUAAUUAAACAAUCUAUUAUGACAUGAUUAGCAUUAAUAGUAAAAAUAAUCAUAUACACAUGAACAUAUACAUAUAUACACAUUGAUACCACUCUUCCACUCCUUGCUUUGCUUUGUUAAUUAGUUGCUUCUUCCACUUUCCAUUUGCACCUAAUCCAUCCUCUUCCAAAAUGAAGAAGCAACUAGCACCACUUGUUCUAUUCUCUCUCACACUACUAAUCUCACUCAUUCAUUCCACCACCGCCGGUGCCGCCACCUCCGGCAGCCACAAUAUCACCCGCAUUCUAGCCAAACACCCUGGAUUUUCCACCUUCAACCACUACCUAACCAUCACUCACCUAGCCGAUGAAAUCAACCGCCGUCAAACCAUAACAAUCCUCGCCAUCGACAAUGCCGCCAUGUCAUCCCUCCUCGACAAACACCUCUCCGUCAGCACUCUCAAAAAUGUCCUCUCCCUCCAUGUCUUAGUCGACUACUUUGGCGCCAAAAAACUUCAUCAAAUCACCAACGGUACAACUCUCGUUUCCUCCAUGUUUCAAGCAACCGGAUCCGCCGCCGGAACUGCCGGUUACGUCAAUGUAACAAAUCUAAAAGGUGGUAAAGUCGGGUUUGCAGCUGAAGAUAACGACGGAUUACACUCAUUCUACGUAAAAUCCAUUGAAGAACUUCCUUACGUCAUCUCCGUUCUUGAAAUCAGUCAACCUUUAAGCUCAGCCGACGCCGAAGCACCGACGGCAGCGCCUAGCGAUAUCGAUUUAAUCGCAAUUAUGUCAAAACAAGGUUGCAAAGCAUUCGCUGAUUUGUUACGCGUUUCAAAAGCACUUCCAACUUUCAAAGAAACCGUAGACGGAGGUUUAACUGUUUUCUGUCCAACUGACAGCGCCGUUAACGGUUUUUCAGCAAAAUACAAAAACCUAACAGAUUCUAAAAAAGUUUCACUUCUGUUAUAUCACGGAGUUCCCGUUUACCAAUCGUUACAAAUGUUGAAAUCAAAUAACGGAAUUAUGAACACAUUAGCAACAGAAGGUGCUAACAAAUACGAUUUCACAGUUCAAAAUGACGGUGAAGAUGUUAAUCUAGAAACAAAAGUCAACACCGCGAAUAUCAUCGGAACUUUGAUAGAUCAAGAUCCAUUUGUGGUUUAUAAGAUUAACAAAGUUUUGAUGCCUAGAGAAUUGUUUAAGGGAGUGAAAGAAGAUUUAGCACCUGCUGAAUCACCUAAACCAGCGAAGAAGAAGAAAACAACUAAGAAAGGUAAGGCACCGGCGGCGGAUGAAGAUGCUGAUUCACCGGCGGAUGGACCAGAUGCGGAUGCGGAUUCCGAUGAUGAGAAAGCUGCUGAUGAUAAUGGAGUCAGUGGAUUAAAUCAAGGGUUCAGAUUCGUUAUGGUAUUUUUCAGUUUAUUUAUUGGGUUUUUGGUUCUAUAAUUGACCAAAAAAAAAAAGUGGAGUGUCGGUGGAUACAAAGCUACUACUACAACACAUGUCACAUGUGACAGCUAUGGUCAAUUUGCGAUAGAUAUUCUUUUCUUAAUUUCUUUGAUUUUGUUUGUGAAGGAAAUAAAACGGUGACACCAACGUGUUGGGGGCACUGUCGUUUUUAUUUUCUUUUAUAUGAAAAAAAAAAUCAAAUUACGUAUAUGUUUUGUAUUUAUUUAUUGUAAUGGUUUUUUUUAUGAUUUAUUUAAUUGGGGUUUUUUUUUGUCGGUGUGAGAGUGUGAGUAGUGGGUAGGACCAGUUUGUGGUAGAUGCCAGCUGAGAUGUAUGCUUGUAAUUUAUAAACAUAUUUUUUUCUUCAA